ACUGUCCCACUGUCCUGCCAGCGGCCGGAGGCCCAGGGUUCAAUUCCCGGCACGCCCAGCAGCCGGAGCCGAGCAGGGGGUACCGGGGAAGGAAGUGAGCACAGGAGGACGGGGCUCUCUCAGGCCCUCGGCCAGCUGCCUGCCCUGCCCCAUGCCCUGCCCCCAUAUGCUCCGUGCUCCUGGCCCCCGGCCCCACAAGUCCGCCUGCUGGCCCCAGCUACAGACGCCAAGGAAAACAGGGGGAGGCGACGUGGCCCCCCAGAUGCUGCAGGAGCUGCGGGAGGCGAACUCGGCGCUACAGGACGUGCGGGAGCUGCUGCGCCAGCAGGUAAAAGAAAUCACAUUCCUGAAAAACAUCGUGCUGGAGUGUGACGCCUGCGGCAUGCAGCCCGUGCACACCCCUGGGGUCAGCGUGCGGCCCCUGCCCCAGUGCGGCCCCGACUCCUGCUUCCCGGGCGUGGUCUGCACAGAAGGCGCUGGCGGGGCACAAUGCGGGCCCUGUCCCCCUGGACUCUCGGGCAAUGGCUCUGUCUGCGUGGACGUCAACGAGUGCACCGCACACCCCUGCUUCCCGCGUGUCCGCUGCGUGAACACCAGCCCCGGCUUCCGCUGCGAGGCGUGUCCGCCCGGCUUCCGCGGGGGCCCCCACGAGGGCAAGGGGCUGGCCUUCGCCAAGGCCAACAAGCAGGUCUGCGCCGACAUCGACGAGUGUGAGACGGGCCAGCACAACUGCGUCCCCAACUCCGUGUGCGUGAACACGCGGGGCUCCUUCCAGUGCGGCCCCUGCCUGCCGGGCUUCGUGGGCGACCAGGAAUCCGGCUGCCGGCCCCGCGCCCAGCGCCUGUGCCCCGACGGCGCGCCCAGCCCUUGCCCCGAGCAUGCGCACUGCCUGCUGGAGCGCGACGGCUCCCGCGCCUGCGCCUGUGACGUGGGCUGGGCCGGCAACGGGCUCGUGUGCGGCCGCGACACCGACCUGGACGGCUUCCCCGACGAGAAGCUGCGCUGCCCAGAGCGCCAGUGCCGCAAGGACAACUGCGUGACGGUGCCCAACUCGGGGCAGGAGGACGUGGACCGCGAUGGCAUCGGAGACGCCUGCGACCCUGACGCGGAUGGAGACGGGGUCCCCAACGAGGAGGACAAUUGCCCCCUGGUGCGGAACCCGGACCAGCGCAACUCAGACGGGGACAAGUGGGGUGACGCGUGUGACAACUGCCGAGCCCAGAAGAAUGACGACCAGAAGGACACGGACCGCGACGGCCGGGGGGACUCGUGUGACGACGACCUGGACGGGGACGGGAUCCGCAACUCGGCAGACAACUGCCCCCACGUGCCCAACUCCGACCAGAAGGACAGCGAUGGGGACGGUGUAGGGGACGCUUGUGACAACUGUCCCCAGAAGCGCAACUCCGACCAGAGCGACGUGGAUCACGACUUCGUGGGGGAUGCCUGUGACAGCGACCAAGACCAGGACGGGGACGGGUACCAGGACUCCAGGGACAACUGCCCCACAGUGCCCAACAGCUCCCAGCAGGACUCGGACCACGACGGCCAGGGGGACGCCUGUGACGACGAUGACGACAACGACGGGGUCCCCGACAGCCAGGACAACUGUCGCCUGGUGCCCAACCCCGGGCAGGAGGACUCCAACAGGGACGGCGUGGGCGACGCGUGUCAGGACGACUUCGAUGCAGACUUGGUGGUGGACAAGAUAGACGUCUGUCCGGAGAACGCCGAGGUCACGCUCACUGACUUCCGGGCCUUCCAGACGGUCGUGCUGGACCCCGAGGGCGACGCGCAGAUUGACCCCAACUGGGUGGUGCUGAACCAGGGCAUGGAGAUCGUGCAGACCAUGAACAGUGACCCCGGUCUGGCUGUGGGUUACACGGCCUUCAGCGGCGUGGACUUCGAGGGCACUUUCCACGUGAACACUGUGACAGACGACGACUAUGCCGGCUUCAUCUUCGGCUACCAGGACAGCUCGAGCUUCUACGUGGUCAUGUGGAAGCAGAUGGAGCAGACGUACUGGCAGGCCAGCCCUUUCCGUGCCGUGGCCCAGCCUGGCAUCCAGCUCAAGGCUGUCAAGUCAUCCACGGGCCCUGGGGAGCAGCUGCGGAACGCACUGUGGCACACGGGAGACACGGCCUCGCAGGUGCGGCUGCUCUGGCAGGACCCCCGCAACGUGGGCUGGAAGGACAAGACCUCCUACCGCUGGUUCCUGCAGCACCGGCCGCAAGUGGGCUACAUCAGGGUUCGCUUCUACGAGGGCCCUGAGCUGGUGGCAGAUAGCAACGUGGUCCUGGACACCACCAUGCGCGGCGGCCGGCUGGGCGUCUUCUGCUUCUCGCAGGAGAACAUCAUCUGGGCCAACCUGCGAUAUCGCUGCAACGACACCAUCCCCGAGGACUACGAGGCCCAGCAACGGCUGCGGACCUAGGACGAGCACCCUGGGGACCCGCCCCUGAAGAUGCUGGGGGGGUCGUAGAAUAAAGUGUGUGCCCGGGC